AUGGUCAACCCAGUAGAAAAAGAGUAUCUAUAUGACUCUGCACAUCCAAACAACUGUUAUUCAUACGACGGAACGGUUUUUGACUCUGACGCAGAUAAUGUGAAUUGCGAAGGAUUUGUGUGUAACAUCAUUGGUCAACGAAAAAUGUAUAAAACAGAGGCAGCAUGUCUGCAAUUAGUAUCAAAGUGUGCGAUACAACAACAAGGGUGUGGACUUGGUGACAAUAAGUGUAUGAAAAACAAUGCGAGUUGGUGUGAUCUUAAGAAGGGUAUCAAUUUGAAUACUAUUAAUGUCUUAAAAGACAAUGAAUAUGAGUGUCUGAGUCAAGUAGUUGGAUGUGCAGACUACUUGUCUCCCGAAUUUGGCGAUUGUGAUGAGGCCUCUUUACUAUUAAACGUUUUCAUGUUUAACGAGAGAGUGUUGCCAACAAGUCAAGUUUAUCGUUUAAAGCGCGCGACUGCAUCGACCAAUGCUAUUUUCAACGAAUACACAUUGAACCCCGGGUAUAAACAAUACACCGAUUCAUAUGCCACGCGAAUUGUGUUGGAUAGUUUUAAAGACAAAGUCUCCGUCUCUUUUAAGUACUUUAAUCGAAAGAUUUCUGCGUUUGUGUCUGACUGUAUUAUGGAGGGAGCGGCAGACCACACUUCGUUGAUAUCAGGGACAUUUCCAUUGACUAUCAAAACGUUGAGUAGAGACAAAAGUAUUGAUUAUGAGUUUAUUACUCUUGCACAAAACACACAUGUUGCUGACGAUUUGGUUGUUUUUGAGUUUGAUCGGAGUUAUGCGUGUGGAUCCUCUGUCGUAGUUGGGAUCACAGAAAAGGCGAUCAAGCUGAGUGGAGCACAGUCACCUUUAGGGAAUUGGUGGGAUGACAAGACGAAUAUUGCAAAGGACAAUUUGGGCUUGAGAUUCCCGUCUUUUUCAAUGACUUGA